CUCUCUAGACACUCAGCCAUCGUCCUCUUACUAUUUAAAUGCCAUGCCAGGCUUCGGAGUGUAAUUAUUUUCACAAAAUCUCUUCCUGGCCGUUCAGGUUCAGCCUUAUCCUAUAACGGAACCCUAGAAGCCCAUUUGGAUUUUGUUGUAGAAAUCAUCACCAAAGCUCAGAGGGGUCAUUUAGGACCCCAAAUUGAAAGUCCAUUUCAUUUGAAUUGUUCCAUUGGAGGCAAAAAUCUCCCUGGAACACAUCCUAAUUUAGAAUUUUCUGGUUUCACAAGGAAACCCUUUAGAGAUCAAUUCGUUCGAAGGAAAUUCCAUUCCAUCAAUCGAAUUCAAUUCAAUUCAAUUGAAUCUCUCGGGAAGAAUAAAUCCUAGAAAAAACCACAAUCAGGGUUUCAAUUUUCAUUUUUGAAUGGGCAUGGGUAGGGUUUGCAGAGGGUCGUCUAAACCUUCGUCUUCUUCUUCAUCUCCUUCCAUGACCACCUCCACAUCUCUUACUGAGACUGUUAAUGGUUCUCACCAGUUUAAGAUCAAUGGGUAUUCUCUAUCGAAAGGUCUCGGGAUCGGGAAAUACAUCGCUUCCGAUACUUUCAUGGUAGGUGGAUAUGAUUGGGCGAUCUAUUUCUAUCCAGACGGGAAGAGCAUCGAGGAUAACGCGACUUACGUUUCUUUGUUCAUCGCACUGGCUAGUGAGGGUACCGAUGUCAGAGCUCUUUUCGAACUUACGCUCUUAGAUCAAAGCGGAAAGGAGAGACAUAAGGUUCAUAGCCAUUUUGGAAGGACUCUGGAGAGCGGUCCUUACACUCUCAAAUACCGUGGAAGCAUGUGGGGCUACAAACGAUUUUUCAAAAGAACUGCUUUAGAGACAUCAGAUUACCUCAAAGACGAUUGUUUAUCGGUUCACUGUAGUGUUGGUGUUGUUAGAUCACGGACAGAAGGUCCCAAAAUUUACUCAAUAACAGUGCCAUCGUCUGACAUCGGUCAAAAUUUUGGGCAGAUCUUGGAAAGUGGGAAGGGAACUGAUGUAAAUUUUGAAGUUGAUGGGGAGAUAUUUGCAGCCCACAAACUGGUUCUUGCGGCUCGUUCUCCUGUUUUCAGGGCACAACUUUUUGGUCCAAUGAAGGAUCGAAACGCUCAGUGCAUAAAGGUUGAAGAUAUGGAGGCUCCAGUUUUUAAGGUGAGUAAUUGUGGUGCCAUAGAGGAUGAUUACAUAUCCACAAGUGUUAAGCCAGAAUGUUCUCCUAAGGCCUUACUCCAUUUCAUAUAUUGGGAUGACCUACCUGACAUGCAAGCGCUGACUGGUUUGAACUCCAAAUGGGCCUCUACCCUGAUGGCUCAGCAUCUGCUUGCAGCUGCAGAUCGAUAUGGACUUGAGAGGCUGAGGUUGCUCUCUGAGGCCAUUCUCUGCGACGAUGUUGCAAUAAACACCGUGGCAACUACACUUGCCUUGGCAGAGCAGCACCACUGUUUCCAAUUGAAAUCUGUAUGUCUCAAAUUUGUUGCGUUGCCUGAAAAUUUGAGAGCUGUGAUGCAAACCGAUGGUUUUGAGUAUCUGAAGGAAAGUUGCCCGUCGGUCCUGACUGAGCUUCUGGAAUAUGUGGUGAAGAUUGGUGAGCACUCGAUCAUUGCCUGCAGGAAUGGGAAUGAAGUCAUGCUUGAUGGCAGUGAUGUCAAUGGAAGGCGUGUGAAACAAAGGAUUUAGCAAUGACAGCUCCCUUGGCACCAUCUUAAAAGAGAAAAUAUAUAUAUAUAUAUAUAUAUUAGGUCCGGAGUCUUAGAAAAUGGUAAGAGGAGCAUUUUCUGAUUGUUUUCAUAGCCAUUUUGUGAGAAAUGUAAGAUUAGUAGUUUACAUUUUGUGAGAGAUGUAAAAUUAGUUGUUUACAUGUUGCAAUGUAAUUUGAAGAUCUUCUUUGUACCUUUUUAUUUCAUUUUAUCCACCACCCCCCCCCAACCUUCCUUUGCGGCGCUUUUCUAUUGAACUCAUCUCUUCAUUCAGUGUCUCAUCUAUCUGAUCGAAUCAAUGUCAUAUGUAAUUCUGGUUCUA